AUGCAUAGGCCGGUUGGUAGUAUAUCGUACAAUCCCCGUGGCCACGUUGUGGGCAUUGUGGGAUUAGGAAAUAUCAGCAAGCUGCUGGCAUUUAAAGCCAAGACCGCACUGGGAAUGAAAAUUCAUUACUAUGAUAUUAUCCGAGCCCCAGCUGAGACGGGGGCUGAUCUUGAGGCGACGUAUCGCUCCAACCUACACGAACUGCUGUCUGUUGCGGACUAUGUCACCCUCCAUACUCCACUCAAUAAGUAUACCCAGGGCCUCAUCAACAAAGAAGGUUUUGCGGUUAUGAAGGACGGCGCCAGGCUGAUCAAUACUGCUCGUGGACAAGUAGUCGACGAGGAGGCUCCGAUUGAGGCACUCAAGAGCGGGAAGGUAUCUGCGGCGGGACUCGAUGUUCACUAUCACGAGCCACAGGUAUCAAAGGAGCUGGCAGCGAUGGAAAAUGUGACUUUGACAUGCCAUAACAGUGGUGCUGGUAUCACAACACGCAUCAACUUUGAGUCGAAUGCAAUGAAGGAUAUCUUGCAGGUGGUUGGGUCCGACGGAGAAUUUAGCGGUGCUCCUCCUAUCACACCUGUUAAUGAGAUAGUGUUUAAAAGAAGUUCAUAA